GUCAGGUGGUGUUUAGCUGCGCUCAUUUCUUCACCAUGGCAGAUGACCUUCCAGAAGAGCAUGUGCAGCGCACGCUGGCAGAGCUUCAUCCACAACCUGAAGAAGAAGCUGAGGUAAAUGCCAUUGAGGAGGAGCUUUUGGCACUUUGCCGCACCUGCGCGGAGCAGCUGGGCUUGGUAUCGCCUGGCACGCCUGGCGGCCUGCGGCGCUCGGGGGCCUUCCAGCUGGGUGCCCAGGUGCGGCACGCGGAGCUGGACGUGGUCUAUGUGCUGCCAGAGACGUCCUCCAUCGGUCCCUUUGGUCCGUUCCUGGAGCUCUUGCAGCAGAGGCUUCAGGCUUCCAGUCAAGCUGCUGUGGCGCCUUGUCGAUCCCAGGGCUCCUUGGAUGCUCCAGGGCUGCGUUUCAUGAAAGGCGAACGCUGGGUGCAGCUCUUUUUGGCGAAGGAGCAACGCGGCUUGCCCAGCGACACCACCGUGCCCUCCAUGGCAGCGCUCCACGGCCUUGAGGUGGGGGACAGGAUCCUACAAGGCGUGCCGUGCGCGAAGACCUUUCAAGACCUGCUGCGGAUCGUGAAGCAUUGGGCACAACAGCGGGGCAUCUAUGGAAGUUUAUUCGGUCUGUUUCAUGGCACUGCCUGGGCGAUUUGCUGCGCCAGGGUUUGCCAGAAUCAUCCCGAGACCACAGCCUUGGCUGAGCUCCUGGAAUUCUUCUUCCAGGACUUGUGCAGCUGGGACUGGUCAGCACCCAUUUGCUUGGCUUCCGACGCUUCCGACGCGGACCUCGUGUCGCCCAGCGUCACGCGGACGAACGUCCUGGUGCAGAUGCCCGGGAUCAACCUGGCAGCCAGCCGGAACGUCAGCGAACCUGUGAUGCGUGUCUUGCAGCGUGAGCUCCGCCGGGCGGAACUGAAGCAGCCACCCGAGCUGUGGGCCGAACAUCACUUCUUCCAGCGUCAUCGCCACUACCUCCGUUUCGACUUCAUGGCGAGCAGCGAGGAGAUCCUGGAGAAGUGGUGGGCUUGGGGUCAACAACAACUUCCAGAGUUGCUGCCUCUCUUCGAGUCCCUGAUGGAUCGCAAGGUGCUGCUACGGCCUUGGCCCCGGCCCUUGGCCUUCAAAGAUCACACCUGGCCGCACGCCAAGGCCAUUUUCAUUGGAUUGCACAUCCAGAGAACGGAGCAGAAGAGCACGCUUGAUCUUCGGGAAAUCAUGGUGAAGUUCCUGGAAAAGAUCAGUGCGUGGCCGGAAGCAGAUGCUCACAUGCACCACUUCGAGUUGAUGAUCCGCGCUGUGUCCUUGGAACAGAUGAAGACCUGGCUUCAAGAACCGGGCGUUCAAGGCAUGACGACGUGUGGCGCUGCUUUUCCCGUGGGCUUGCGGGAAGCUCCGGGCCUGGUGAAGGCGGAGGUGGCGCAGUGACCACCGAUCGCCGGUGGGUGCGACCGGUGGCUGCUCCAGGCUUCACCUCGCGACCGAUGACGAGGCUUCCAUGCUGAUUAACCUCGCCAUGAGAAUAGCUGGGGGAUGAGCGAUUUCAAGGAUGAUUGGUGAGUAUGCCGGAGGGUGAUCCACGUGUCACG